CCACAACGUUAUCUUCACAGACAUGAACACAACAAUAAUGCAUCACUACGUUGUCGUUUUAGCACUCCUCCUCCUCACUCCGGCGGUCACUUCCUGCCCGGAGUCCGACCGGAGGGCGCUCCUCGCUUUCCGGGCAGCCCUCCACGAGCCCUACCUCGGGAUAUUUGAUACGUGGCAAGGCCAAAACUGUUGCCGGAAUUGGUACGGAAUAAGCUGUGACGCCAUCACCCACCGCGUCGCCGACAUCAACCUCCGUGGAGAAUCUGAGGAUCCCAUUUUCGAGAAGGCUCACCGUACCGGAUUCAUGACCGGAAAAAUUUCGCCGGCAAUAUGUGACCUGACUCGCCUCUCAGCCAUCACAAUCGCAGAUUGGAAAGGUAUCUCCGGCGAAAUCCCGCGUUGCAUCACUCGCCUGCCGUACCUCCGUACUCUGGACCUAAUCGGGAACAGAAUCUCCGGCGGGAUUCCGUACGAUAUAGGACGGCUAAACCGGUUAGCCGUACUAAACAUAGCCGAUAACCGGCUCUCCGGUCGGAUCCCGCGGUCCUUAACCAAUCUGUCAACACUCAUGCACUUGGAUUUACGCAACAACAAUAUCUCCGGCAUGAUCCCUCCCGAUUUCGGCCGGCUCCGGAUGCUAAGCCGGGCCUUGCUAAGUGGUAACCGGAUCACCGGUCGGAUUCCACGUUCUGUGGCAAGCAUUUACCGGUUAGCGGAUCUUGAUUUAUCGGCGAACAGGCUCUACGGCCGGAUUCCGGAGUCACUCGGCCGCAUGGCGGUUUUGGCGACGUUGAAUCUCGACGGAAACAGAAUCUCCGGCGAGAUUCCGGCCGCUUUGCUGGCGUCAUCGGUGAUGAAUCUGAAUCUCAGCAAGAACGUGCUGCAGGGGAGGAUCCCCAACGCAUUCGGACCAAGGUCGUAUUUCACGGUGAUCGAUCUAUCGCACAAUAAUCUCCGCGGACCAAUCCCGGGAUCGAUCUCUACGGCGUCGUUUAUUGGGCAUUUGGAUCUUAGCCAUAACCAUCUCUGCGGCAAGAUUCCGGUGGGUUCUCCGUUCGAUCAUCUUGAAGCGACGUCGUUUGAGUUCAAUGAUUGUCUCUGUGGGAAACCACUUGGAGCUUGCUAAGAAAGAAUAAAAGGAGCUUGAUUUUAAAUUAUGUAAUAGUAUAGUGUUUUAUGUAACAUAAUGUUAAUGAUUGUAUUUAGUAUUUUACAUAUGCAGGCAUUUUAUGACUGUUUUAUAAUUUUUAUUUGCAUGAA